AUGGACAUCAUCAUCAUCAAACAAUGCUUCCUGAGUUUAUUAGCAGUUUUAAUGUGGACUCCAGGUUUUACUGGUGGAAGUGACGUGAACCAGACCUCCACAUUGUGGGAAAAGCAGGACAACAAUGCCACCAUGGAAUGCAGACACACCAAGGGAAGCAGCUAUUACCAGAUGUACUGGUUCAGACAGCUGCCAGGAGAAACCAUGGAACGCAUCGUGUUCACAACAACAGUCAACGAAAAGCACGACUUUGGACCGUUCAGCACGGACAAAUUUGCAGCCACCAAGACGGUAGCUGAGAGCGGAACGUUCACGGUGAAGAACGUGCAGCCAGGAGAUCAAGGCUUGUACUUCUGUGCUGUGAGAGCUUCAGACACAAAAGAUGUCAACCAAACGCCUCGGUUCAUCACUAAAACAAUAAGUCAAUCUGUAGAGAGUGAGAUCAAAUGUUCACACAAAAUACCGAGCUAUAAUAAAAUCUUCUGGUACAAACAAGGGAAAGACAAAGCCCUGCAGCUCCUGGGAUAUCUCAACCUGAACAACCCCAACGUCGAGGAAGAGCUGAAGGGGAAGAUCAGCUUCGAUGGAGAUGGCCGUAACAACGGAUCCCUCAGCAUCUCUGAUCUCAGACUGAAUGACAGUGCAGUGUAUUUCUGUGCAGCCAGUCUCCACAGUGCAGCACAUCUCAGUGGAGUCGAUACAAAAACCUUCUGA